AUGUCAAUCAGCACUGGUACAUACAUCAUCAGGAACGUCUUCAGCAGCAACCCGCUUGCAUCAUUGGAACUGCCGAGAACACAGGGCGCGCAACCUAUACUUGGUAACGGCAAGUUUACCAUCGAGAAUGUAGAAAAUGCCUCGUAUGCGAACGCCGGCUCUCGUGCCGCGGUUGGGGCCACCGUUGUUGGAAGGGGCUCGUCUCAGCAAGUCAUUAUUGUGGAGACGAGGAAACGGGAUGUAUUCACGCUCUCGCCGGCCGAUCGCACGCUGUACUUCUGGGGCCUCGAAGACGGUGAAGAGGGUACUCCGGUCACACUCGCUACGACAGCCACGGACAGUCACAACCAUUGGCAUUUCGAGCGCGUCAGGAACUAG